AUGAUGAAGAAGACUAGCAUGGGUCGUCAAAAAAUCGAAAUCAAGAGGAUUGAUCGGGAAGACUCUCGACAGGUGACCUUCUCUAAGCGCCGAAGCGGCCUCUUCAAGAAGGCAAGCGAGCUUUGCACCCUCUGCGGUGCUGAAUCUGCUCUAAUCGUUUUCUCUCCAGCUGGUAAGGCUUUCUCCUUUGGCCACCCGUCUGUUGACUCCAUAUUAGACAGAUUCUUUACCCAAGAUAUCCCUCCUGAGGAUAGUGAUGGUGUCUCAUCCUCGCUGCCUGAAGGCCAUCGUGGAGGCAUCAUUUACGAGCUCAAUCGACAAUACACCGAGGCUUUCAACAAACUGGAAGCCGAAAAAAAGCGAGCACAGAUGCUCAAACAAAUUAGCAAACCAAACCAGAUCCAAUCCUGGUGGGAAGCGCCAAUUGAGAAUCUUAGCUUGCAUGAGCUUGAGCAGCUAAAGCUGAUAAUGAAAGAGCUUAAACACAGUGUAGCCAAAAGAGGCAAUGAGCUCUUGAUGGAUUCUUCCUCUCAGUCACCAUUCUUGGCUUUUAACUCCUUAUCAAUGGUGGAUCCUUUCGUACAUGGCCAUAAACCAAAUGAGCGUAAUACUCCUACCUUUCCUCAUGGUCAUGGUUAUAGUUUACCAAAUUGGAAUAGUUCUUCAUCUGUUGCCUUUGGGCUUGGUCUGCCCACUGUUCCCCAUCGUCUUGGCUUACCAUCCACAAUUAAUACUUCCAAUAGUGUUUCCCAUAGUUCUGGAUUAAUUGGGGAUAAUGUUUCUUUUAUUCCCCACAAUUUUGGUUUUGGGCAUAGACUUUUCUGA